AUGGUCCCCAAGGAUGUAUGGGCAAAUCUACCACCGGACCCAGAAGUCGCCGAACUAGAAGAGCAGCGCGCACAACUCAAGCAGGGCAACUACCGAAUUGAUGGCCACCCAGACGAAAAACAGAUCCGUAAGCUCACYGAAGACAUCCGCAAGAAGAAUGCGCAGCGUGAGAAGCGAGCGGUGAAAGAAUAUCGUGAGYAUUAUUUUUAUAACCGYCCUACCUGGGACGUUGAAAGACAUGCUCGGGGGGAAGAAGAAGAAGAGUACGAAGAGCCGGUCGUCAAUCUCUCCAUUCCCGAACGCGCAAGAUUGGCGGACCUUUUCUGCCACCAGCCUGAUGACUUAAGCGAAGACCGAAUUUUUCAGCUCAAGAUUGAAGCCGUCGAUCUCAUGGUAACUCUUUGCAAUAAGAGAGAGACGGUCAAGCGUGAUCGCAUCCGCCAAAGGACCAAUGGCUGCCUGCCCAUGAAGACGGAGCCUCUCGAAACAGAACACGAAACGUUCUCCAGCCCUGCCCGAUUCCCUUUGCUCAUGCAUGCAACGCAAUGCCCUGAUUGUAUCGGCGAUGAGCGACUCUCUCGGGAAGAACGCACCUUCACAUACUGCCGCCCGACUGUCAUGAACGACCAUUUCGAUGACAGUCACCUAAUUAGACGCGAGCAGGCUGAGCGGAGCGGUGAGAAGAUACGAUGCGAGCACCCCAAGUGUCGCGACGUCAAACUGAAACAUAUCAAUCACUUCCGCCGYCACGURCAAGAAGUUCAUGGUGUUACUCUUCGGACGUCCGAGCAAGUCCAGCAGAGGCGACAGCGCAAGGCGAAACGACGACAUAUGGCCAAGGAAAAUUGCCAGAAUUAG